UGUGGAUUGCCUAAACUGGCAUUUUCGAAUACUUUUCCGGAUGAAAACACCCUCUACUCCAAGUACAACUUUAAAAAACGCGGACACACAGCAUCAAUUUAGGGAAGCAUGAUUAGGCUGGAUAUGUUUUCAAACAUAACAACCUUCGCAUCUAUUUAAUUCUGACGUCUAUUCUUGCAAAAGGCUACUUUGCGUUACGACAAGAUGUCAGCGACGGCGGCCAUGACAGUUCCAUCCGGGUACUCCCACACUGUUGGUGCUGAUGGCUGUGAAGCAAAGGGCUCCAAGGCCCUGGGCCGCAGGAAGAGGACUAACUUCAGCAAGCAGCACCUGGAGCACCUCAGGGUAGCCUUCGAUGUGGACCCCUACCCUGGCAUCACUGUGAGAGAGAGCCUGUCUGAGGCCACAGGCCUUCCGGAAUCACGCAUUCAGGUGUGGUUUCAGAACAGGAGGGCUAGAACUCUAAGAAACAAGGACAACAGACUUUCCUUUCACCCAGAAGCAGUUAUCCCCCAUAUCCCUGCUGUGUCCUCCCCAGCCUCGGUCCCCUCCCCAGCCCUCCAUGCUACCUCCCUGUCCCCCGUCAUCAGCCCAGAAGAAGCCCUCCUCUACACUACGCAGAGCCUCGUCCAGUUGGAGGGGGAUGAGGACUGCUUCUCCCAGUCAGGUGUGUCUCUGCUGCAGGAUUCUGGGUACUGCAGUCCCUCCCUGGUUGUAGGCAGACCCAGGAGACCCCUGGGCUCCAGCUCCCCUUUCUCUCCCCCGGCCUACUGGGGCUCUGCUGGGGAGCAGACCCCCCCUGACCCCCCUGCAGGUGGAGCCCAGGUGUUCCUGUUCCCAUCCACGCCUGGCGCUUUGUCCCCAUUCCUCCAGCUCCAACCCCUGCUGAGUCAUGCCAGCAGCAGAGACUUCUUCCCCAGCUGCCCUGCUAGCCCAGACUCUGCCUGCUGGGACCUGGGGCCCCCCUCUCCCCCAGCGCCCAGCUUCCAGAGCACACCCAGGGGGGAGUCUGUUCUGCACAAGGCUGCAGGGGUCCAGGGACUCUUAACCGAUGUGCAGGGCCUGCUCCCUGAGCUGUCCUCACAGUGUGUGGAGGAUGUUCUGGGUGGAAUGGAAGAGAAGUGGCUGAGAACCCUGAUGUCAGAUUACAGAUGA